UUUGAUGAUUAUCCUGAUGAUCACUCAUUAAAAAUUUUGAAAGAUUUAGAAAAUGCAUAUAAUAUUAUAGAAGAAUUAAACAUAAAACAUAAUGAUUGCACUUCAUCUAAUGAGAAAUAUGAACAAUAUAUGAACUCAUUAAAAUCAUGUCAAUAUAGCAAUAAGAUUAGUUUUAAAUUAAUCCUUAAAAGUAUUAAAGAUUUAUAUGAAGAAAAAUGCCCUAAGGAAAAAAUACCUUGGGAUUCUUCUUCGAUGGUAACACAAACAAGUGAAGUAACCAACAAUAGAACAAUGGAAAGUACAAAAAAUACACCAGAAACAAAAUCAAUUGUAUUAUCUAAUGAAGAAACAACUAACUUUCCAAUGAAAGAAUCAGCUAAAGAUACAAUGACAGAAAAAAUUACAAGAGUAUAUAUAGGCACAUUUUCCUUAAUAUCUUACACACCAUAUGGAUCUUAUUUACUAACAUGGAUAAAUAAUUUUAAGAGAAGAUUGAACAAAAAAAAUAAAGAGCAUUUAAAUUUAAUGGAUUCAUUUGAAAAGAGACACGAAAAUUCAAUUGAUGAGAGGUAUAGAAUAGCCUAUAAUUCAGUAGAUUACUCCUAA